CCGCCUCAAGGCGCCGCGGCUGUGCUGUGUUGCAUCUACACGCUGCCAUACGCCUUAUACGGACGCUUGCCGUUCACGCUUUACGAUUUACGGCCAGUCGACCACUCUCCGCCUUUUCUCCUGGGUGCUUCCCUCCUGUCCCCUGGACAUCGCGACGAUCGGUUCGGGUAGGCGACCGGACGCCGUUUUCUCUAGACGCCACGCCGCUUUCUCGCGGUCCAAUUGUAUCGAGCGGCACCAGGGCUUGAUACCCACCACGAUUCCGCGGCCAUGGCCGCCAAUAUGCCCCAGAUGGCAGUGAACGGCCAGAUGAUGAUGCUGCAACAACAGGCGCAACAGCAGCAGCAGCAGCAGCAUCAACAGCAGCCGCAAAACAAGCAAUUCCAAAAUAUAAUCUACACCAACUUGAUGCAGAGCAUGGGCACGGCGCCUGUCAAUUCAUGGCAGUCCCAAGUCAACAUAGGGGAUCGUUUCGCGAAAACCAGUAACCUGGUAUCCAAUACCAUCUUGGCCUUCCCCAACAACGAGUGGCAGAAGAUCUGCAUGACGGCAAUGGAGUUUGAGAAGAAGUUGUACUUGCAAUCGCCAGACAAGCAAUCGUACGAGCACGCCAUGGCAGCGAGGAUAGGGGAGAUGGUCAAACGACGACAGGGGCACGCACCAGACCUUCAGAACCACGUCAACAACGACGCUGUAAGGCAAGCUCAACUACAGGCGGCGCAACAACAACGGCAACAGCAACAGCAACAGCAGCAGAUGAUGAUGAACCAGAUUGCCGCGAGAGGCUUGGGUCAACCCCAACAUGGAUUCCAGCCGAUGCAAAACCCGAUGCAAGUCCCCGUCAUGCCUCAGCAACCGCAGCCUUUAGGCAUGGGGAUGCCGACAGCAGGGAUACUCCAGGCCCGGCCGGAUCAACGCCAAUUCCAGAUGCAACAGAUGGGGCAGGCGCGGCAACCCAUCAACUUCCAAGUCGACCCCCUUGCGCAGUUGAAUCAGCAGGACAAAAUGAGAGUUAAUGCCGUGGCAAUGAAGCUCAUGGCCGCCGCGGACGAGGGCCAAAAGAACCAGAUCCGAAACGCCCUACAGGGGAGGAUGACGGCGGCUCAAUUACAAGAAUACGCCUCCCAGGGCAAGGACCCCAUCUUUGCCUUCUAUCAGAAUAGCGCCCUUACACAACUGCGCGGCGCCCAAAGGAACAUGAUGCAGCAGCAACAGCAGCAGCAGCAGCAGCAGCAGCAGCAUCAACAACAGCAGCAGCAACAACAACAACAACAGCAGCAGCAGCAGCAGCAGCAGCAACAGCAGCCGCAGCAGCGGCCGGGCAUGCCAACCAACGUGAUGCCCCCAGGGACGCACCAGGGUCAGAUGAACCCCGCCCUCAUGGGCAAUUUGGGUCGGCAGUCGGUUAUGCCCGACGGCCAAAGCUUCACCCCAAACAUAGAAGAGAUUCGCAACGAGCAACACAUGGGCCUACUUGCGCAGCAAGCCGGGAAAACGGUAGUGCCGGCUAGUACCGCUCCUAGUCGGAACGUUACGCAGGGUGCUAUGGCUGGCAUGCCUACGCCGGGCAGCCAGCAGGGUCCGAAUCAGACGCCUCGAGCGCCCCAGGUGCAGCAGGCCUUCGGCAUGCCGCAGACAAAGGUAGACCCUACAGUUCAGGCGCAGAUGGGAGUGCGGGCGGUCGCCGGCCGGCCCAUGCCUGGCCAGCCCGGAGCCAUGCCGACCCCACCCCCCCAGGCUUCCCAAAGCCCGGCAAUGAACACCCUCAACGCGCCCAUGCGACAACCCUCUUUGAAUAUGGGACAAGGCAACGUGCAACACCCCGGAAAUCAAGGAAACCAGCCGAUGGGGCCCACCCUCAACCCGCAGUUCAACCAUCAAAACAACACGCGGCCGCCGUCACUGCAGGGAAACAUGAACAACCCGGCUAUAGGCGGAAUGACGCCAAACCUCAACCCCGACGGCGCCAUGAGGAAUUUCUAUGCCAAGCUGCAGCAAGACCGCGCGGCGAACAACGGCUUCCAGGGCCCCAAACAGGGCUUGAUGUCUGGCAUCCCAGGAGCCUCCCAGCCCAAUGCGAUGGGCGGCCCCAACCAGGCUGCCGUUAUCGAUCCGAACCAGAAAGGCAAUGGCGCGAUGCAGUCGAUGGUCCAGCCCACGGCGAUGCAACAGCCGCCCAAGCAACUACCCGGAGGCGGGGACCAAUUUUUUGCCUACGCUCAGACCCCGCAUGGCCGAGCUGCGAUGGGCAACAUGGAUGUACCUCACCAGGUUUUGGCACAGUUUCGCGGAAUCAUACCGGCCGAGACGCGACGAUGGGCGCAACUUAGGCAGUUCAUUCACGCCAACCCCGGCGUCGCCCCUCCGCAGCUGGUGGCCCGGCUGAAUCAGUUGCAGCUAAGCCAAUUCAAGCAGACAUGGGACAGGAGACCGCAAGCGGCGUCGGCAGUACCUCCCCAGGGCCCGAGCGGUCCCGUUCCUCAGCAGCCGGGCGCCCAACCGCAGUCAUUACCUCCGGGCUAUUCAUACCCGCCUAACAUCUCGCAGGUGUCCCGUCAGGAUAUCGACAGCGCGCGGAGGAACCCCCAAUUUCAAAACCUGUCGGAUGAGGUCUUGGUGGAUUUUGUCAGGAAGUUCAAGCGGGAUAUGUUGACAAGGAAAGCUUGGGAGCAGUACAACCAAUCUCAGCAACAAAUGGGCAACAUGAACCUCCCUGGUGGAGUCCAAAAACUAGGGGGCCCGGUGUCCCAACCUCAGGCUAGCCAGCCGGUUGGCGUCACCGCGGCGCCGAAGCCGAGCCCGCUGAUGGGAGUCCAGCACCAGGCUACCCAGCCGAAGCCGGUGACCACUCCAGCACCCGAAGUACCGCCCGCUCCUGCGAAGGUUGCGCGGCCGCCGCCCCCAAACCCGUCACCUUCGACGGCGUCCAAGAAUCUGAAGCGACCACAUUCGGAUGAUACCGAGGAGGUGGCGGGCCAGCCAGGCGGUGCCGCACAACGACCGGCUCCCCAACCGGAAGCCCGGCCUGCUCCCUCCGGCCAGAAGCCAACCUUGGAGCAGAUUAUGAAGCUCUCGCCGGAGCAACUUGCGAGAAUAAACCCAGAGCAGUUGGCAAAGCUAACACCGGAGCAACAAAGAGCAAUCGCGAUGCGGGUUCGCCAGGUGCCGCCGCAGGCACCGCCGGAGACGGUCGCCCGAUUGAAAUCCCUUGCUUUUGAUGGCCAUCGGCUUGCGCUCGACGAACUAGGGCGCCAGGAAGCGCAGCAGCAAGGCGCUCCGAUGACAAUGUCGAUAUCGACACUCAAUGAGACUCGCGCCAAGAUUGUCCAGGCAUCCGAGAAGCUCAAACAGAUCCGAGCCGGGAUUGCGAGGUGGUACCAUCAAACCAAAGACGACUCGCGGGCGAGAAUGUACUUUAAGAUUCGCUCCAAGGUCGUCAGGCAGUUCGCCGACACCGACCGCAUGUCUCAGUUGUCGGAGACCUUGACCAUAACCAAGGAGGAGUUGGAUCCAUACAUCACCAUGAUGGACAGCAUGCUGCAAGAUAUGGAGGUGCUCAAGGGAUCGGCGGCCCAAGGGGGGGCCGGCAGCGGAGCCCAACCGGCAGCCAAGCAGCUUCCGCCGCAGCCGUCGCCCUUGAGUGCUGCGAACCUGGAGAAACAAACUCUGGCUCUCAAACAGGCGCAGAACCGGACGGCCGGCAAGCCGGCACAAGCUCCGGCGGCACCAACAACGUCCCAGCCGCCGUUCCAAUUUGGCGCCGGGAAGUCGCCUGCUGGAAACCCGGAAUACUAUGGCGAACAGCGUGUUACGCGGAACGACCUGGUAAUCCCGGCCCGCAAGAAAGUCAAGACGGGAACGGCCCACGCCUCUCCGCCCGUGGUCCAGCAACACACGCCCAGCUCGACAUCGCCCCAGGUUAACGUUCCGUCCCCGGUGGCCCUCAGGAAGCCGGAGCCGCCCAAGCUGACGUGCCCGGAACCUGACUGCGAGAUGAAUUCGGUGGGCUUCUCGACGGAGGAAGCGCUCAGCGCACAUCGCCAGGAGGAACAUAUCAAGCCAUAUGAGAAUCCCCAAGCAUUCAUGCAGGAGCACAUGGCUGCCGCCUACGGACUGGAUUCCCAGGGCAACCCGAAGGCGCUGCCGAAACCAAGCGUCCCAGGUGUCUCGACUCCGGCGGCGACACCCAUGAGCAUCAACCGUUCAAAGCAGGGCCAAAAGCCCGGAGCACCGCCCAUGUCCCGAGGCGGAUCCAUGCAGCGGCAGGGCAGCGCGGCGGGCGGCAAGGCAGGCGAAACCGUUGGCACUCCCGGUCGGAACGCAAUGGCCAAACAAGGGGCUGGAACCCCCCAGAUGCCAGUGGAGGACCCGUGGAUGAACUCGACGAUCGACCCGCAGCACUUGUUUGCAGGCCUUGGCCGCUCACUGGAGGCGGUCACGGGGACGUUCGUGGCCGACUUUGCCACGUACCGAUCGCUGACGCCCAACGACACGCCCGAGUCGAGCAAGGACAGCGGGGUGUCAGAGGGGACCAGCGACAUUGCCGAGACGGCGGCGCUCGACAUCGACCUGCAGGUGCAGUCGCUCGACAACGAUAUCAUUUUUGACAUGGAUAACUUCAACAUGGAGAACUGGGCGUCGCCCGACAUGAACAUGUUUACGAACGAGUCGAUGAUGUUCCCGCUGGAGGAGAUGCAGACGGAUUUCUCGAAGCCGUUCCGAGUGAACCAGGAUCUGUAUGGAAUGGACAUACCCUGAGCGAUGGCGAGACAAGCCGGAACAGGGUCGUGGUUUUGGAUAUCUAGGACCCAACCUGGAACCAAAGAGGCAGCGUCCGGAUGCACCGAGAGGUAGCAGAACUGGAACCGGCGCACCGGAGAUGAGAAGAGAGCUUGGCUCACACGCGAAGGAGCUGGAGGAGGGAGACGCGUCGGAGGUGGCACAAGCAUUGGGAUGGAGCGCGGGGGGGUUAAUCAAUGGAAAAGGAGGGUUGGCGUU